UUGCUUAAAACGUCUAGGUAUUCUAUACUUCGUCUGUGGUUAUAAACUGACUGUGAAGUACAAAGUGUGCUCGAAGACUAAAAUCUCGCCGCGAAGUAUCUUCGUCUGUGAUUUCGUAUCGAAUUGGGUACAGCUAGUGUAAAUAGAUAACGUUGUCUGUAAUGUAGGCAUAUAUGAUCUACACAAAGUGCAAUGACGUGCUGUGAAACUGGUGAAGAGUAUUCUGCUUUAAGAUGACGUAUGCCGAGACUUUUGGUUUUAUAUUCGAUUAAACACACACACACACAAGCUACGCAAGCACACCACACUUUAAAACUGUUUUUCUAAAACCUUGUUAUAUGUUGUAAAUAAAAUUCUUAAACGAAUUUCAUUACUCGGAAGUGAUUUUACAUUACAACGAAUAACGAUGAAUAUUCGAUAGCUUAAUUUACAUAUACACGAUAUAUUUCUUUUUUUUUUGUCCUAAUUUAUUCUUUCAUGCGAUUGGAUAAAUACUAUAAAUUCGCUGUCGCCACUUCCAUGUAUCGUUAAUGUUCUACCCGAUUGUUAAAUAAAAUUUUUGCGAUGAAGCCCGUACGUUACAUGUAGAAGACAUGACAAAAAUUGUGAAACAUUUGAGAGAUGCGUCUUUGGUCGCGAAAAUUCAGAAAGCUUUUGGUGUCAAAAUACAUUACAGAACAAAUUUGAAAAAACAUGAGGAUGAUUCGUGUAACGCGACACGUGAAAUUGUUUCGCGAGAACUUGAACACGACCUGAAUAAUUGUUCUUCGAAUUGUGAAGAAUCGAAGAAAAACGGUCAUGUCUUGACGGAGAAAAAAUCCGUCGAUUUUGCAAGCACCUGUGCAUCAAACGACGAAGAAAAACGAUUAUCAUCGAUCGCCCGGAAUCCGAAUUACACCAUAUCAAAUUACUUUUGGUAUUAUCUGUUUCUAUUUGGAACGGAAUUAGGAGAUGAAAUAUUUUAUUGUACAUUUAUACCUUUUUGGUUUUGGAAUAUUGAUGGAGUUGUGGGUAGACGAAUUAUUUCAGUAUGGUGUAUUGUUAUGACUACAGGUCAAACAUUAAAAGAUAUUAUACGUUGGCCACGACCUGCAUGUCCACCAGCAGUUCGAUUGCAAAAAAAAUGGUCAGAAGAAUAUGGAAUGCCAUCUACCCAUGCUAUGAUUGGUGUAUCAAUUCCAUUCAGUGUAGUAUUAUUUACAAUGAAUAGAUAUAUUUACUCUCUUUCUAUUGGCUGUACAAUUGCUUUUCUUUGGUGUACACUUGUGUGUACAAGCAGGCUCUAUUUGGGCAUGCACACAGUGUUAGACAUUCUAGCAGGCUUAACAUUAGCCAUUACAUUAAUGAUUCCACUAGUACCUUUAGUGGACACGAUAGAUGAUUAUAUUGUUUGUAAUAUUUGGGCUUUAGCAACCUUAAUUGCCAUUAGUAUAUGCGUUAUAGUUUAUUAUCCCUCUGGUAAAAAAUGGACACCAACUAGGGGUGAUACCUGUAUGGUGGUAUCUGUCACCACUGGAGUUCAUUUAGGAACAUGGCUUAAUUACAAAACAGGAGUCAUGUUAGCUCCUACAAUACAGCCACCAUAUCACAUUGUCUGGCCUUCUCAUCUAAUGUAUGGUUGCAUGAUACUUAGAACAGUACUUGGACUUUGCAGCAUUCUUGCAAUAAGAAGUCUUUGCAAACAAUUUAGUUAUCGGACAAUGUGUGCCAUAUUAAAAAUUAAUUUCAAGGACCUUAUGAACAGUAAAAAUUAUUCCAAAAAUAAAAAUACGAUUUUUAUCGAUCUAGUCAACAAGUAUCUAACUUGUUUUAUGAUAGGUGUAAAUACAGUGUAUUUAUUACCAAAAGCUUUUUCCAUGAUUGGAAUCGAACGAUCGGCGUUUUAUACGGAGUUAUAAAAUGAUUUUUAAUCUUAAAUACGAAAAUGGCAUAUAAGUUUGUGGAGUGAAGCAUUUCUAAUGAUGCGGUGUGCCAUAAAAUGUAAUUAUCAACAUAUAUAGCUACAUUCCAACAACAGCGUUUGUGAUUGUUUUUAUGUACAUUAUCGUACAUAAAAUUACAUGCAACCCUGUAAAUUGUUUUUACAAUGUAUUGUGUUUGAUAUUCUGUACUAUUUCUUAUACUAAAAUAGCUACAGAUAUUCAAUCCAUACUUGUGCCGUUUACAUACAGGUUUUCAUGUAAUAUAGACUUAACAGUAAUCAUGCUAUUCACGCACAUUGAAGAACUAUUUUUACUGGAAAAAAAAAACUAGAUUAAAAAA